CACGCAGCUAUCGACAUUCAGUGUCAAAGACCACAAAACCGUGGACACAACGGAGACAGCACUACAAAACAACACACACACUCAGACUUCCUGCCUGCGGUCCUGCAUAUAGUUGCCGCGCCACGCACUCACGGACCGAGUCACGGUCCCUCGUGCAUCUUCUUCGCAUCGGCGAGCAGAACGAGAGUGCAGCGGUGGUAGAGCAUGAACUUGAAGCCAUCUGUCUCGCCAGUCUUCACCCCCAUCGCCUUUCUCACCUUCUCAUACACAGCGUCGCACAGCGCGUCCCCUCUCCCCGCCUCCCUGUCGUUGCACUCGUGCACGGCGCUCCACGUCGAUAUGUACGCCCGCAGCGUCUCGAUGUCAGUCUCCCGCUUGAGAGUGAACUCGUGCCGCUUCACUGUGUCGAAGUGCUGGUCGAAUGGGAUGGUCGUGUACCGCUUGUCGACCAGCUCGAUUCGCCGCCAAUCCCACGGGAGCGAGUGGAAAAAGGCUGAGAAGUGGGCUGAGGCGUCAGGAUUGUCGAAGUAGGCGUUCUCGUAUGUCCAAACUGAACCACACACACACACACAGACAGACAGACAGACAGACAGACAGAGAGAGAGAGAGUGGGAGAGGGAGAGAGAGAGAGAGAGAGUGGGAGAGGGGGAGAGAGAGAGAGAGAGAGAGUGGGUGGGAGAGGGAGAGAGAGUGGGAGAGGGAGAGAGAGAGAGAGAGAGUGGGAGAGGGGGAGAGAGAGAGAGAGAGAGAGUGGGAGACAGAGAGAGAGAGAGUGGGAGAGGGAGAGAGAGAGAGAGAGAGGGAGAGGUGAAGUCAACGAAGUGACCAGAAUCGGCACGGCAAUCUCACCUGCCACCACGCCGGUUGGCCGGAGCACUCGACGACAUUCCCUGAAGAAUGCAGGCAGGUCGAACCAGUGGGCCGCCUGCGCCGCCGUCACAAGAUCAACGCUCCCAUCGCUCGCUGGCAGGCUCUCGGCUGCACCUGACAGAAGAAAGGCAGCAAACACAGACAGUCAUCAGACACUCAAUAAUUACAACGAUUACAUUGCAAUGCACACGUUCACUCACCGACAUGGUACUUCACUCUCGGAUGCGCCGCGGCGUGGUCGAGCUGCGAUUGGCUCGCGUCGAUUCCAAUGACGUCGUCGAACCCGUGAGCGAGCCUCGUAGUCACCUGCCCGUUGCCACAUCUGCAGAUCGAAGCGACACAGAUCAGAGUGAAUGAACUGCUGUGCUUGUGUGUUGUGUUUGUGCCAUCCUCACCCACCCGACAUCAAUGGCGAGUCUCGUUUGGCCGCCUGCCUGCCUGAUGAACCCCAGUAUGGUUUCGUAGAGCUGCUGCGGAUAGGUGGGACGGGUCGACGCGUACGCGUGAGAGUUGAAGCCGGCCUUUGCGAAAUGGUGUGCCAUCAGUUUCGGGGAAUGGCGUUAGGGCCUAGCGUGAAACCGCU